UAUGGCGGAAAGGUGGUUAAGAAGAUUAGAAUUACUGGACAAUGUCGCAAGAAACAACAGAGACAGGAGGAGACCAUAUAUUUUUGUGAAAAUGCUGAACUAUUUAGAAAUCGAAAAGGAUACUUCUCGAUAAAUGUUCAAGCUGUUUGCGGGCCAAAUUUAGACAUUCUAAACAUUGUCGCACGUUGGCCAGGUAGCGUACAUGAUGCCAGAAUAUUCGACAAUAGUCGCAUAUGUGCACAGUUCGAACGUGGUGAUAUCCAGGGUAUAUUACUUGGUGAUAACGGUUAUCCAUGCCGCCAAUACCUAAUGACGCCAGUAAUUGAUCCGCAAACCCGACCGCAGCGCAGAUAUAAUGUAGCACAAAUACGUACACGAAACACAGUGGAAAGGAUGUUUGGCGUAUGGAAAAGGCUGUUUCCAUGCCUUUCAACGACCCUUCGCACAAAAUUGCAAACGUCUCUAACUAUAAUUGUUGCUACAGCAGUGUUGUACAACUUCAUAAGAAGGCGAAAUGAUCCUAUAGAUGAACCAGAACAUAUUCUGGCCGAUGAGGAAGAAGAUGACAUGCAUGUUGGAGAUCGACGUUUGGGAAAUGCAGUACUACAAGCCCUGAUAAUGCAACAUUUUACGUAA